UGGACGGCCAAAGCCGUUGUUCCAGCUCGAGUGGACCUCAAGUCUCAAACGCCGCAACGCCGCUGACCAAAGAACUCGACGAGACCGUCGUCUCCUCCCCCACCAACCAACCAGCACCCGAGCAAACGGCCCCGGCGAAUCUUUCCCUCAUUGUCCGCCCCCUCCAAAUCGGCCGCUCCCGCCUCCUCCUUCUCUCUCGCAGUCCGAGCCCGGGGGGGAGCACCGCCCGCCGCAAAGCGCAAUGGGAGCCGCCUGCGACGGCGCCGUCGAGCAGCUCGCCCGCCUCAUGGACCAAGUCGAGGCGCCGCUGAAGAAGUCGUUCCAGAAUGUGCACCAGGGCUAUCCAACAGAGACACUAGUGCGUUUCCUUAAAGCUAGAGACUGGGAUGCAACUAAGGCUCAUAAAAUGCUUGUAGAUUCUUUGAAUUGGAGGAUACAAAACGAAAUUGAUAGUAUAUUGGAGAAACCUAUAGUCCCAUUAGAGUUGUACAGAUCGAUACGAGAAUCACAGCUUGUUGGAUUAUCAGGAUACUCAAAGGAGGGCCUCCCAGUAUUUGGCAUUGGUGUUGGGCUGAGCACAUACGACAAAGCUUCGGUUCAUUACUAUGUGCAGUCUCAUAUCCAGAUCAAUGAGUAUCGUGACCGUAUUAUUUUGCCUACGGCGACGAAGAAGUUUGGGCGACCUAUUAGCACCUCUAUAAAGGUUCUAGAUAUGACUGGUUUGAAGUUAUCAGCACUGAACCUAUUGAAGAUUUUGACUGCAAUAUCUGCUGUUGAUGAUCUGAAUUACCCUGAAAAGGCCGAGACCUAUUAUAUAGUAAAUGCUCCAUAUAUAUUCUCAGCGUGUUGGAAGGUUGUGAAACCUCUGUUGCAAGAGAGAACAAGAAAGAAGAUUCAUGUUUUGCAUGGCUGUGGGAGAGAUGAGCUUCUAAAGAUUAUGGACCAUUCAGCCCUACCCCAUUUUUGCCGACUCGAGGGCUCAUCUAAAAUCUCACUGAACGAUGUCAAUAACUGCUUCUCCCUUGACCACCCUUUCCACCAAGAGCUCUACCAUUACAUCGAGCAGCAGGCACUAAACCAGGAGCUCGUUAAACAGGGUUCUUUACAUGUAGACAUCCCUGAUCAAGACCUCGAGGACGCCAAGAUUGUGGAGGUCAUUAAGGCUGAGUUUCAUAAGCUCGGUGAGCAGAACGGAUCGCCAAUGGUGACCGUAAAUAACAGUGUCGUGUAAGAUGUUCAGCCACGACAUCGCUAGCUAAUUCUGAUGAAACUGACUGGUGAUUUUUCUGUGUCUGCGAUGCUUGCUUGAACACCCCGCUGUUGUUUCAUGGCGUGAGGAGUUAGUCUCAAAUCCUUGCAGUUCCAUGGUGCAAGCCUAAGGUAGAAGAAGCAACCACUGUAUGCUAGAUAGACAUAAUCACCUACUCACCUGUUGUAAACGUUUGCCAUGUAUUGUCCUAUAAAUGUCCUCUAUGCUACAUGGAAAUAAUCCUAGUAACUGGGUGUAGAAACAAUGUUCAGAGAAAUGCCACCCGUCAUUCAGAAAUAAAUGGUGCAUUUUGACCU